CUGAGUCAGGCAGAGGAGAGGAAGCAGGCGGAGCAGCAGGGAAAGGAACUGUUUGCAGACAAGGGCUUGGAUUCCUCAGAGAGGACUCUGUGGGAAACCAGAGAGAGGCUGUUGGGUGACCAAAUGAUGCCAUCAAGACAUGCUCCUCCAUCUUUUCAUGGUGCUGGAGGGGAAGCAGCGGCUGUGGAACCAGAUCAAGGUCCAGUGUGCUUUGAAGAUGUUGCUGUUCAUUUCACAGAUGAGGAAUGGGUGUUGCUGGAUCCUGACCAGAGAGCUCUGCAUAAGGAAGUCAUGGAGGAGAAUCGUGAGGUCAUGGACUCUCUCAGUAAGACUCCCUCUUGCUUCAUAAUUUCUGUUUUGAUAUUGAGUAUUGUGACAAACCUCCAGUAAUUGGAUGGAGCUCAACAGCACCAUCUACAGCAUCAAGGAU